CUUUUAGAUGAUUGACCUUUACAAGAGGCAAUUUCUUGAAAUAGUCACCGUCAAGAACUCAAUGUAUUGGGGGCGAUGGAUUAGGUACUAAAGCUUAAGAUUGAAUUAGUUGACCUAAACUUUUAAACAGGGUGGACGAGCUAUAUGUAUCAAUUGGCUACUUCAUUAUCAAUACAUAAAUGUACUUUUUCUUAAGAAGGUCUUUCAAUGCGUGAUGAAGAAUAGGAUUAUAUUCUGCGCUGCAAUCUGCUUGGCCUUCCUAGCUGUUAUUCUCCUGGCAGUGCUCUCGCCAGUAUCUCACAAAAAGCAGGCCAAGCACGACAGAAAGCCCCAGUGGACAGACUUAUCCCUCUAUAUCCAACGACCACGUUCUAAAGCAAAUGCCAGACCUAACAAUAUGCAGCCUGUAACAGUACCAGAUUCUGGAGUUUUUUUCUUCCGACGAAUGCUCACUAAGGGGCCUGAGAACACUUCCCAAAUUGUUGGAAACGCUCAAGGUAUCAUCAUCCCUAGCGAACAAUUUGCUCGCUCGUCAUUCAAUAUCAUCUAUUUGAGUUUUGACACACCUGAAUAUUCGGGGAGUUUGGGUGUCCAUGCCAAACAUAUUGGGCAUGAGAAUAGAGAAGAAAUGACAGUGGUUGGGGGGACAGGCUCCUUUGCUUUUGCACAAGGCGUAGCUAUUUUUCUUCAGACAGAGAGGCAGACAUUGAAUACCGAUACAUCUUAUCAUCUAAAGCUUCAACUUCAAUUCCCCAAAUGAUAAUGAUAGUUCUAAGUAGUCCCACAUGCUGCUUCGUUGUUUGAUGAUUUGUAAUAAAGCACAAUUUUGUGUACCACUGAGGAAGCAUCCUCCGCAUUCCAGUUGUAAAAACUGAGUAAGAUAUACAUUGUUGUUCGAAUAAAGACUAAUGAAACUUGAGAUGCCAUUUAUCUUUUUA